AUGAAUGCAAGUGCCUGGGAAGGGAAGGUGGGGAGGAGAGCUGAGGACAAGAAGGAGGUUCUGGAAGGGGUCAGCUCACCCUGCUCCCCAAGGCCUGACAGUUCCGGGACAGAACCUUGCCAGCUCCCAGACCCCUCAACACAGACGGAGCAUGGCCCGGCCUUCUGGCUCCUUCCUCUCAGGGGUCCUGCUGGUUGUGGCACGCCUGAGUGGUGGUUUGAGGAAAGAAGCCAAGGGUUGGCCGACACCACGUCAGCUGGCCCCUGUCCCCCAGCUCCGGGGCUGGCCGUGGAGGUGACGGUGCCCCCUGAGCCCCUGAGUGCACCACUGGGUGGGACAGCAGAGCUGGGCUGCACCUACCGCACGUCGGUUGGGGACAACUUUGCCCUGGAGUGGAGCUUCGUGCCGCCUGGGAGACCGCUCUCCGAAACCCAGCCUAUCUUAUACUUCACCAAUGGCCGCCUGUAUCCAACUGGUUCUAAGGGAAAACGGGCCAGCCUGCUGCAGAGCCCUCCCACGCGGGGGGUGGCCACCCUGAAACUGAGCAGCGUCCAGCCCUCAGACACUGGGACCUUCCUGUGCCAUGUUAACAACCCGCCUGACUUUGACACCAACGGCCUGGGGAUGAUCAACCUCACUGUGCUAGUGCCCCCCAGUAGACCCUCGUGCAGACGAACUGGUGACAUCUCCGUGGGAGGAGCUGCGGCGCUGAUGUGCAGCUCUUCCGAGGGCGCCCCCAAGCCAGUUUAUAACUGGAUUCGCUUGGGGUCUGCCCCUGCAUCUCCCCAGGGCAGCAUGGUGCAAGAUGAGGUGUCCGGCCAGCUCAUCCUUUCCAACCUCUCCCUGGCCUCCUCGGGGACAUACCGCUGUGUGGCCACCAACCAGUUGGGCAGCGCAUCCUGCGAGCUGGCUCUCUCCGUGACCGAUCCCUCCACAGGAGGCCGGGUGGCUGGAGCAGUGAUCGGGGUGCUCCUGGUUGUGCUGUUUCUGUCCAUCACUGUGUUCUGCCUGAUACGGGUUCAGAAGGAAAGAAGGAAGCGGCCCCAGGAGACAUACGUGGGCAGUGACCUGAGGGAAGACGCUGUGGCCCCUGGGAUUUCUGAGCCCGCUCCUGCCAAACCGGACCCCAGCAGUGGCCUCCUGGAGAGACGCCUCUCCACCAGCACUCUGACAUCCACCAAGUCCAAGCUCGCCAUGGUGGUCUGAAAACACACUUAGUCCCUGGAGGGCUGUGGGAAUGUCAAAAAUUAAAGUCUUUGGGUACCAGA